AUGGCCACUGUCUCCAAGACAUCCCGACCUUCCAAACACGAGCCACUGUCAACCGAGGCCAGCUCUGAACCUGAUCUUUCCGCACACAAAACCAACCCCAACCCAUCUAGUAGUGCAAACCCGCAAUCCACGGCUGCUGCCACCACCAGUACCACCACCAAUAACACAACCGGCAGCGCUUCUCCUCAACCUGGCACUCCCACCACCACCUCCUCUUCCUCCGGGAACACCAACAGCGCUACAUCAUCACCGACCGAUCCCUACCACACAGCAUCCACGGUAAACCGCCCUUAUUACCGCUCGCAUCACCACUCGCCCUCCUCAACCAGUUCUUUGCACAAGUUGCAACGCGCCGGCGGUCUUUUCGGUUUUGCUGCCGCUGCCAUUGACAAGACCCAAUCCGCAUUUGCUGCGUUUUCCUCGGACCAAUCAGUCCGACAGCGCGCCUCCAGUUCCGCAUUUGGCAGGGCCUCUCUCACCCCCGACUCUGCUUCCGACUACUCUGCCAGCCUUGGCUCGACAGACAAACACCCGCGUUAUACGAGCCUCCCCAACUAUUCGUCUUCGAGCAGCACUCUCAACCAACUAGAGGGCAAGCCUCCAAGCCAGGUAUCGCUGGUACAGGAUAUACCCUCUCAACCCUACAGCCAGACCGAUCCCAAUUGGCCUCUCCCCUACCGACAGCCGAGCGUAGAGAGCAAAAUGCACCAAACUUCCUCGCGGCUUCUCCGCAUGACGGACGAUGACCGGCCAUUCACCAAGGACUUCAAAGACCUUUUCUCAACACUCAUUGUCAGCCUCCUGCCCCUGUCCGCACACCGUGUGCGGUUAACACGCGUGGAAAACACGUUCCUGUCCGAAGAUGCGAUCAACAACUUGGGCUCCCUCAAGUUCUCCCAAUCCAACCGUAUGCCCGACCCCAAAGACCCCUCCAGAAUAGUGACGACCACGACGACCACGACGUUUUCCAUGGCCAAGGACAUGGCCCGCUCCAUUUGCCAGAAGUUCCUCGAGGCAAGGUUUAUCGAGUCCGCCGACGGAAAGUACCAGCAGGUGUACAACAUGAAGGGUUCCGUAUGGCAAUUGACCACCAAGGGCGUUACCGUGCUGGAUCGCUUCUGCUCCCGCAAUGGUAUCCAGCAAAAGUCGAUAGCAGAGCUGGUCGGCUCCACGUUGUCGCAACUCGUCAUACUAGAGAGGGAUAGCCAGACGGACAAGCUCAUGACCGACCGCGGCACGAUUGAAGUCAUCUUCCGAAGGUUCAUUGGCACACACGGCCCCAAUGUGAAGUCCAGCGUCAGCUCGGCCGACUCCGAUUCCCUGAGCGACUACAAGGACGGUCUCACCGGUGUCAAGAUGGCUAGCGAGCGCAAGGUGAACGGCAAGACGUACAAGGAUACCUUCACGGGCAAGGCCGCCACCGAUUGGUUGAUGGACUGCUGCACAACCGUAGACAGGCGGGAGACGUACGACAUCGCGGCGCUGUUCGUGGAGUACGACUUGAUUGAGCCCGUGGUGCAAGACCGUGCUCACAUGGCACAGUACCCCAGCAACAGCAUGUUCCAACCCACCAAGCAUGCCAUUUACCAACUGACGGCGAAGGGCAAGGAUCUGAUUAAUGGUCUCGGAGCAAGAGGAAGGACGUCGGAGAGCGAGGCUGUCGUACCGUCCCGUAGCGCCAUCGCGCGGGACUCCAAUACCCAGAGGUUGGACAAGAUCCUGACCGACGCCGCCCUUCGCCUGCUCUUCAGGGAGAACCUCAGAGAAACGCACUGCGAGGAGAACCUGUCCUUCUACCUGGACGUGGAUGAUUUUGUCCGAAGCUGCCGGGGGGCGAUCAGGGCCGCCCAGAAGAACCCCAACGCGAGCUCGCUGGACGGCAUCAAGGAGAUCAUGGCGCAGGCAUACGGGAUUUAUAAUGCAUUCCUCGCCCCCGGGUCUCCCUGCGAGUUGAACAUUGACCACCAACUCCGCAACAAUCUGGCCACCCGAAUGACUAAAGCCGUCGGCCAAGAUGUUGCCAUGAUUGAGACUCUGCAAGAGGUCAUGUCGCUGUUCGAGGACGCACAAAACGCAGUCUUUAAACUGAUGGCGAGCGACUCGGUCCCCAAAUUCCUGAGGAGCCCCAAGUACGAGCACACCCUGAAGAAUUACGACUUUGACGCAGUUACGAGCGGCGGCCGCGGCCCAGAGCGUAGCACGAGCCGGUCGAAUCCCAAAUGA